CUAUCUUGCCGCGACGCGAAACGGGUCAAUUGCUCCGUUCCAAGACUAACGUAUGAGCAAUCCAAGGAUGACGUUUCUCGCACCGUAUCUUCGUUUCUCCACGAAUUUUUGUCACUGUUUUAACGCGGUGUUAUAAAACUGAAAAAAAGUGUUGCGCACAUUGACGUUCGAUUCCACCGACGAAAAAUGGUGUAGCCAACAUCAGCAAGAUUUUUAUCAGAUAAAUAUCUCCACUGAUAUACGCUCAGGAGUGUCUCUGAUAAGGGAUAUCGACUAUUACACCAGAAUGUUGCGAGUAGCCCGAAAAAAUUGUUCUACGAAAAGUUCCUUCGCCAUUAUAUUCCGAAAGUGAGAGCUAGUAGAGCGUGAAAAAUAAUUCAUUCAAAUUGUGACGUACGAGAUUCAUGGCCACCUGGACCUAACGACGUCGAUCUGAAAUGGAAACGGCAGAGCUACCGAUUAUUCUCGGACAAAAUUUACCGUAAGAUCGCCCUCGACGAAUUCUCGCGUUUUAUUUUCACCUGUUCCAACAAUGUCCAGCCCAUCGUACAGCUAUAGCCGCGUUGAAGGCUCCAUCGGGAGUACGGCAAGCAUGGAAUCCGGCAGUCAAGGUCAACUCUAUCCUCGAAAAACUAACGAUCUCAAGAGGAAUCAACAUAGCUCUGCUUACGUUCCUCAUGAUCGCUUGUCCAGAUACGCAACUGCUUUAGCUAAUUUAACACCCGUUAGGUUUACGAGAGUUCCUGGUUCCGAAAUGCCUUUGGAUAAAAUAGGCUUGUGCUCGAGUGUGUCAUUCAGCUGGCUUAACGAGUACAUUUCAGCUGGUUAUAAGAAUGGAGCUAGAGACAAAGCUAUGCCCACAUUGGCACGGCUCGAUUCCUGCCAAGUCAAUGGCACAAGAAUAGAAGGAUUGUGGCACACGCAUGUUGUGAAGUGCGGCCAGGCUGGUGCAUCAGUCCCGAGAAUAGCAUGGCAGUUUGUACGGACACGAAUACUGGUCGCCUCGUUUAUUUAUCUUUUGGGAUUGAUCAUUUCGUUUUGCACUCCGAUGAUCGCGCUGCAACAUCUUAUUCUUGCAACGGAACACAGAACGAGGCUGUGGAACGAGUACUGCCGGGAAAUCCCAGGAGAUAAUUUGACGAUGAACAGCAACCAGACUUCCACAACUUCGUUCAACAAAAUAGACACGACCAAUGCAACAGUUUUCGAAAUUGAAAGCUCUACGAGCAGAGCUAUUAGAAACUCACCGUAUAAUCGACCGAUCGAACAAGUUCCAGAUAGUGUAGGCUUCGGAUUUUUUAUCUCUGAGUUUAUAAUAUACAUAUGUAUUGCUGGAUUGAUCGUCGCUGAAGUAAUUUCACUCUUUUUGUACUCUUGGAGUGCAUCAAUGAAUUUGCGUACAGCGACUCGAUUGCGAUCAGCUUGUCUUGCCUUCGCCUAUAAAAAACUCGUACGUUCGUCGAUCCGUUACGAGGCCUCAGCUCACCAGAUCAUGACGUAUUUUGUACCGAGCAGCAAAACACUGUACGAAUUGAUAGCGAACGGUCCUCUCAUAUUUUCGGGACCAUUGAUCGUGGUGCUUUGGUCGCUUUUCAUGUGGUACUCGAUGGGCCAUUGGGCUCUGAUAGGAACCAUCGUUCUCGUUGCUCUGUACCUGUGUUUGAUCCCAACUGCUUAUUUGACAAAAAUUUUCGGUACGAAGGCCAUGAAUUACUCGCUCCAAAGAAUGUCGCUGAUGCAAGAGUUUAUCGACAAUGUAUUUUUGGCAAAAGUUACCACCUGGGACAACUAUUUUUUCAAGAAGGUUCGAGAGGUAAGGAAGAAAGAAAUCGCGAUAAUGCAGUUAGGAGGAUUGAGCGAAGGUUGGAGUCUUGGCAUGGUUCAUAUUAUUCCUAUCGGAACCAUGGGUGCCGCUCUAAUGGCCUGCAUCCUCGCGAACCAACAAUUCGUUGCAGCAAAUUACAUCCCUUGUCUUGUACUAAUUUUGAUCAAUCUCAAAUACUGCAUACGCAACAGUUGGCUCGCAAUGAGCAGCAUUUCGCGAGGAAUUAUUUCUCUAAAUAAACUGAAGGCAGUACUGACAUUGAAAGAUACGGAUCGUUUCACGGAUCGGCCGAUCGAUAAAAAUCUCGCAGUCACGAUAAAUCAUGGGCACUUCACUUGGGAGAGAGAUAAGUCCGUUUCCGAAAAAGCCAACAAGCGUAAUUCUCAUUUUUUUUCGGAUAGCUACGAAAAUCAAGCGGCACGUUUUCCUGAUUCGCACUCAAUAGAAUCUUUGGUCGACAUCAAUUUCUAUGCCCCAAAAUCGAAGUUAAUUGGAAUAUGCGGUUCUCGUGGCUCUGGAAAAACUUCUCUUCUCCUGUCGCUAAUGGGGCACUUGAACAUCGUCAGUGGACGUGUGACGAUCGAUGGAUCCUGUUCAUACGUUUCACAGGUCCCAUGGCUUUUCGAAGGAACGUUGAAGGAGAACAUUCUAUUCGGCGACAGUCUCGAUUCUUCCUGGUAUUACAAAACUAUCCGUUCGUGCAAUUUGGCUGGAGAUUUGGCGCUCUUACCAGGCUCCGACGACACUGAUUUGUCCACGGUUAAUCUGACUCUCGGCCAGCAACAAAAAAUUGUACUUGCACGUGCCGUCUAUACUCAGAGAGACAUUAAUUUGCUUGACAAUCCAUUGGCUGACGUUGAACCUGAGGAGAGUAAAGAUAUAUUUGAAAAGUCAGUAAUACUCGCCCUUGGCACAAAAACCGUUAUCAUGGUAUCAGACAAAGUUCAGUUUUUAAACAGAUGUGACAUAAUAUACGUUAUGAAAGAAGGCACGAUCGUCGAGCAAGGUACUCACGAAGAAUUGUUGCAGUGGAACGGCGAAUACACAAAUUUGCUUGAUUCUUAUAUGAAAAAAUAUAAGAAAAAAUACUGCAAAUCAGGGGACCAAAUAAAUACGUCGAUGAGUCAAUUACUAACGACACCAGGACCGAGAGGAAUGCUGUCGAGUACGAGCACCGCUGCAUCUUGCGGCCUCGAAGCAGACGAAGAAAUGAUAACCAUCGAUACGAACGAGGAUCUUGAGGCACCGACGAAGGACUCGGUCUACGAAGAAGGAUUACAGAUAAGAGAAAACUUUUACAUAAGAACCGCUGCCGGUUCGUAUCUGGGAGUCCUAACUAUUAUCGUAUCAACAUUGUUCUCGUUCCCCAUCGCCGCGUCGCCUCUAGUCUUCAUAUACGUUGGACAGAAAACAAUUAGCGACAUGACAACCAUAGCAAUAAUGAUCUCGUCAAUGGCCGGAUUCCUCGUUUUCUCACUAAUCGUCCUACUCGCCAUGUACAACAAAAUGGUAUUUUCAGCUGCCAGAAGAAUACACGCAACGUGGUUACACCAAUUGUACAGAGCACAAUUGUCGAUUUUUGCUACAAUACCACAGUCGAUUCUCUUGAACAUUUGUAGUCUCAAUUUGCAAGAAGUCGACUCCGUUUUACCACGAUUAAUGACUACGGUUCUCAUGCACUCGGGGAUCGUUGUAUUCAGCGUACUUAUUCUUGCGUUUCUUUCGUUCUGGCUUCUCAUACCGACAAUACUGUUUAUCUUGGUUUCUAUAUCGUACAUUGUUUAUGCGAGGGGCUUGACUCUGAGUCUGCACAAAAUCAUACAAACGGACUCAGUCGUUCCGAUUUACAAUCACUCCGUCAACACAAUUGCCGGACGUGCUGUUAUUCAGGCGUAUCACAAAGAACGAGAUUUCACGAAAAAAUUCUACAAAGAUUGUGACACCAAUUCGACUUUUGAUUUUAUGCUACAUGCGAUCAAAUUGUGGAUCGAGUACAGAAUAAAAAUGUGGGCGGCUCUCAAUAUCGGAACAGUUGUGCUAAUAUGUGCUUCGCUAAGCGAUAUACGCCAUCAAUACGAGGUUCUUAGUCUCGCUUUUAUUUGUACUCUUCAAAUGACGCUGAGUAUUGUUCAUCUGACCGAAGCUUUUACGAGUGCGUACGCGAGCCUUCUUGCCAUCAAUGCAGUCAAUAAUUUCGUUGAGAGUUUACCCAAAGAAGAGAGUUGCGAUAUCGACUUACCGAAUGACUGGCCCUACGAGCACAGCAUCAAAUUAAAAAAUGUCGAAUUGAGCACAAAAUCGCUUCAGGAACCCAUCAAUAUAAGUAUUGGAUCAGGCGAAAAAGUUGCUUUGAUGGGAACUGAACCGACGUUGAAAUCGUCAUUCGUCACAUCGCUCUACAGAUUCGUCGAGAUAACAUCAGGUGACAUAUACUUGAGCAACACGAACAUCAAUCACAUCCCUACGGCAAAACUACGAAAAAGUAUCAAUUUUAUACCGGGCGAUCCGUUUUUAUUCGAUGGCAGUGUGAAAUACAAUUUGGAUCCGAAUAACGAAAGCACCGACAAAACCCUUAUGAUGGCAUUACAAAAGGUCUGUCUCUGGGAAAAAGUCUCCAAGUUGCCAAACAAAUUAGAAAGUUCUGCGAACGUCACGUUCAAACUGUGGGAAAAGAAAUUAUUGUUCCUCGCUCGGGCUCUGCUCAACAAUUCCAGUAAAAUACUAAUAAUAGAAGAAUCCAUGGAGCAGCUGGGUUCGGACGAAGAUAUUGUCGAGACGGUACUGCUCGAGGUCUUUACCGAUUACACGAUAAUUGCCUUGUCUAGUCGUAAGGUCCGUUACGCGACCAAAACGUAUUACAUCGAAAAUGGGAAGGUUAUCGAAGCUCCAACAGUAAAAUCGGAUUUUUCGGGAACCAAUAGCACGGAUGUUUUAUUAUCUGUACCAAAGAAUAUUGUACAGACUGAUUUUUAAGGUCUAUUCGUAUAGUUAACACAAUCGAUCAAAUUUACCCAUUGUUCGCACUCAAAUAUUAAUGUUUUUUCUUCUGCUAAAAAGAAGGAAGACUCUAGUGUCCAGCAUCUUAUUGCCGAUAGCUUUUAUACUUUUGUCCCUCGUUUAACACGUGAAUAAAUUACGAAAAAAUA